CAGUCAGCACAGUUCCAUAUGGCCCUCUCGGUGACCAAGUCCUCUUCGCCGGCGCUCGUCGCGCCAUGGAAGCCGACGCCAGGCGGCGACCUCCCCCUGACAUCCACGGACAAGUCCCGCCUCUUCCUGUACUACACAUCCUUCCACGUCUUCGAGCGUCCGAUCCACAGGCCGGCCGACACCAUCCGCCGCGCGCUGUCGGAGGCGCUCGUCCACUACUACCCCAUCGCCGGCAGAGUAUCCGCGGGGGACGACGUCAGGAUCUCUUGCACCGGCGACGGCGUGGCGUUCGUCGCCGCGACGGCGAGCUGCACACUGCAGGACGUCCGGUGCCUGGACGCGCCGCUCGCCGUCCCCUUGGACGAGCUCGUGCCCCGCUACGGCGAGGCCCGCCGGACGUCUGACCCCCUUAUGGCGAUGCAGGUGACCGAGUUCUCCUGCGGCGGGUACGUCGUGGGCGUGACGACCAACCAUGUCGUUGCCGACGCCUCCGGGCUGGCCCAGUUCCUGCAGGCCGUCGGCGAGCGCGCCAGCGGGCUCCCUUCGCCGUCCUCCGCCGUGCCGGUCAGGCACGACGCGUCCCUCCCGGACAUCCCGCAGCUGUUCACCGCCCUGCCGAGGUCUCCUGCCAGCUUCAAGCACGUCGACUUCGCCUACACCGACCGCACCAUCCCAUGGAGCUACAUCGACCGCGUCAAGGCCGAGUUCCGGGAACGCGCCGGCGGCCUGCAGUCCUGCACCGUGUUCGAGGUGGUCACCGCCGCGAUCUGGCAGUGCAGGGCCCGAGCGAUCGGCGCCGCGCCCGACGCCCCGUCGCCGCUUGUCUUCUCCGCGAACGUCCGGAAGCUCGUCGGAGCGAAGGACGGGUACUACGGCAACUGCGUCACCUCGCAGAUGGUCACGGCGACGAGCGGCGCCGUCGCCGACCUGGUGAGGCUCAUUAAGGACGCCAAGGAGCGGCUGCCGGGCACCCUUGCGGGCACGGCGAAGCUGGCCCUGGAGGAGGAGGUCGUCGACGCGCUGUGCGGGUACAACGCGCUGUUCGUGUCUUCCUGGGCCCACAUCGGCCUCGACGGCGUCGACUUCGGCGGCGGGAAGCCGGCGCGGGUGGUGCCCAACAUGGAACGAACAGUGGCGCCCAUGUGCUGGCCCUGCCUGCCCUGCUCGAGGAAGAAGGAUGACGGCAGCAACGUCGUAGCCUGCUGCGUCACCAAGGAGCACGUUGAGGAGUUCGAUGCACAGCUGGACAGACUCCGGUGAUCCUAUAGUGAUUGAAAUGUAAUUCGUUUGCAAUGCGCAUUUUUUUAAAACUUUUUUGUGUCACCCUUCCAUAAAGGCCUGUUUGAAUAAAUUGAACAAUUAU